UCUCUCGCGUCCUCCGCGACCAGAGUGGUGCCAUGUGGAACAGACGCCGCUCGCCUACCGCCUCCCGGAGCUGCGCUUCGCUCCUGCAGCUGCUGCUGGCUGCGCUGCUGGCUGCCGGGGCUCGGGCCAGUGGCGAGUACUGCCACGGCUGGCUAGACGCGCAGGGCGUCUGGCGCAUCGGCUUCCAGUGCCCGGAGCGCUUCGACGGCGGCGAUGCCACCAUCUGCUGCGGCAGCUGUGCCCUGCGCUAUUGCUGCUCCAGCGCUGAGGCGCGCCUGGACCAGGGCGGCUGCGACAACGACCGCCUGCAGGGCGUCGGGGAGCCUGGCCGGGCCGACAAAGACAGUCCCGAAGGCUCGGCAGUCCCCAUCUAUGUGCCAUUUCUCAUCGUGGGCUCCGUGUUUGUUGCUUUUAUCAUCCUUGGGUCCCUGGUAGCAGCCUGUUGCUGCAGAUGUCUAAGACCGAAGCAGGAUCCCCAGCAGAGCCGAGCCCCCGGGGGCAACCGUCUGAUGGAGACCAUCCCCAUGAUCCCCAGUGCCAGCACUUCCCGGGGGUCAUCCUCCCGUCAGUCCAGUACAGCUGCCAGUUCCAGCUCCAGUGCCAACUCCGGGGCCCGGGCUCCCACAACAAGGUCACAGACUAAUUGCUGCUUGCCAGAGGGAACCAUGAACAACGUGUAUGUCAACAUGCCCACGAAUUUCUCUGUGCUGAACUGUCAGCAGGCCACGCAGAUUGUGCCCCAUCAAGGGCAGUACCUGCAUCCCCCAUAUGUGGGGUAUGCGGUGCAGCAUGACUCUGUGCCCAUGACACCUGUGCCCCCGUUCAUGGAUGGCCUGCAACCUGGCUACAGACAGGUCCAGCCCUCCUUUGCCCACACCAACAGUGAACAGAAGAUGUACCCUGCAGUGACUGUAUAGCUUGCAGGUCACCAACUAGACUAUAAAACUGAGGAAAAUGGAUGGGUUCUUGAGGUAGAAGUUGGUGAUGUUUAUGGCACUGUUCGGAUGAUUUCAUUUGCUCCUGAACUGUAGAAGUCUCCAGAGCAGCAGUUCUGGCCUGAAUCGCUAAUGCAUAAUGGAAACACAGCUUCUAGAGUUGCCACCUGGGUCUUCCAGUAUGUGAUGAAUACUUGAUCCCUAAGUGCCCUCGAGGUGUGGCUGCCAGAAGUUUAUGAUCUGAUAGAGCAGGGAUUUCAUAGUCUCUGCGUAUCACUUCUGUUUUGUUGUCAGCUGCAGACAGAAUACCUGUUACCACCUUUCACCUGGGCUGCUUUUAAUCAGUGUUCAAGGCUGAAAGGAAGAUGUAAAUCACUUAAUUAUUAUGGAGAAAAACCAGUUUGAACUCUUGGCAUUAGCCUCUGUACUCCAGAGGCACGUCUUAAUUUCAUUGUAAAAAGAUAUAGUUUGUCUAUUUUUAUGCUUUUGGGGGCAGGGGGACCUAUUUUGUGGUUUUUUGUUUUUUAACCUUGUGUAGAGAUCUUAUUACAAAGUGAUUUUUCUAUGUUAAAAAGAGACUGAAAGAAAUGUAUAGUUACCUAUCUAAUGAAGAUAUGUCCAAAAUCUGGGAUUAUUUUGAUCUGGAAGAAGAAGGUGGGGUCGUAGUGAAAAUGUUCAUUCCCUUCUUGAUGGAAACUUUUGGUUUUCUGGCUUUACUCCUGAGAAGUAAUUUGAUGCUUUUUAUGUUGAAGUCAUGAGUUAUCACCAGCUACUCUCCACAUGAUGUGACCUGGCACUUCAUUCUGCCUGGUUCUCAGAUCCCCUUGUCUGAAUAGUACACAAGGCAGGAAAUGACCACAGUGUAAGUGAAGAUCAUACCUCUACCUAGGUCUGGCAAAACAUUUUCUUGUUUUAGUUAUAGAAAUGCAAAGGAAAUGUGUUACAAAGAUGCAUAGUUGAGCUCCUUAGCCAUUGUGGGAGACGUGGAAUUCAGCAAUCUGAAGCUUUACACCUCUCAACCCUGUGGGGUAGAAUUUAAACCUCAGAUAUGAAUUUCUUUGCAAAUGGGCUUUUUAUAUUCUUGUUAUCAAACUGGCUUAUUAUCCAAGCAGUAGGGACUAUGAAAUUGAGAAAAGCCUUUCAAAGAGGCAAUCUUUCUUAUUCUUUUUCUCGCUUUCUACAAGCACUGUAUUCAUUGUCAAUGUUUAAAAUGAUCAAAUUCAAGUGAAUUUGUAUAUUGAUUACUUAUGAACAAAAUUUAUGUGUGUUAGUAAAUUUUCAACUGCUAGCAAAGCCAAAAUUUGUUAAAUAAUUGUGAAGCUUGGUCUUUUACAUGUUUGAAUCUAUAGCUGUCACUUAAUCUUCUAUUAUCUAUGAUCUCAUAAUGAUGAUAAUUAUGCUAAAUCAUCAUUGACAAUUGGUAUCAGCUGAUAUGAAUCAAAAAAUUUAAUAACCAAAGCAAGGGGAAAUCAUUUUACUUUUUAAUACUUUAUGGUGUGAAUUCCUUGGGAGGUAUUUUGUUUUGUUUUAUUUUAUAUUUAGUAAUUUUUCAGAUAGAGUAAAACUGUUAAUUGAAUAAAAUUACUCAGAAUAAUAACUUCUGCUCUCUGGAACCAAAAGCCUUACUAAAGAAUUGGUUGCUGUUGGGGAAACUCAGAUAUGUGUUCUGAGUCAGUGAGUAUCUGAUGUACACUGUGGCAAACAGACAGUUCUUUGGGGGCCUAAUGUCAAGCUAACAUGUACUGUAGGUUUUAGCAGCUAUUCAACUGCAGCAGUAGCAGCAGCACAAAGCAGCCAGGGACGAUGGUUCAGAAACAUGUGAGCAAUGCUGAA